AUGUCUACUCAAAAUACAAAGGCUUUUAGAGACGCUUUCGCUCUUUUUGACAAGCGAGGAACUGGUCGUAUUCCAUCAGAGGCUCUCGGCGAUCUGCUACGUGCUGUCGGUCAGAAUCCCACUCUCGGUGAAAUUGACGAGCUUGAGCGUUCUAUUUCCGGUGACUUCGACUUUGAGACCUUUGUCAAGAUUGUCAACAGACCAGAUGGCUUCAAGUCGCUGGGUGAACCCGAGGACUACAUCCGUGGUUUCCAAGUCUUUGACAAGGACCAAACUGGUUAUAUUGGCGUUGGAGAGCUGCGGUACAUUCUGACAUCGCUUGGAGAGAAGCUCUCGGAUGCUGAGAUGGAUGAACUUCUUAAGGGUGUCAAUGUUACUCGUGAUGGUAACGUCAACUACGUCGAGUUUGUCAAGUCCAUUCUUGCUCAGUAA